AUGGCUACAGUCAGGACUGGAAUCGAGACUUUAGUUACAAGCAAAGAUGGAAUCUGUGCGCAAGUGGAGAAGCCUCUGUUCCCCUCCAGAAGGCAUUGUGUGGACAGAAGCAUGGAGAGAGAAAUUCACCUCACCCGCCAGGAGCCGGCCAAUCCCAGAGCUCUCCCCCGCGGUCGCGGCACAGGCCGAACAACCAAACAGAAAAGUUUAAUAAACAGCAGGCGGAGGGGCUGGCGGCGGCGGCCGGGCCCGAGCGAGCAGGAUUUCGGUGGCCUCACCUGUUCUCAUUCACCGGCAGCGACCAGCGGCGGCGGGCAGCGCAUCAGGCGGAGAGAGCCGCCGCCAGCCCAAAGUGUGCAACAGAGGAACGUAGCUCAAGAAACUAAUCACAGCCAAGUGCCUAUACUUUGUUCCACUGGCUGCGGAUUUUAUGGAAACCCUCGUACAAACGGCAUGUGUUCAGUACGUUAUAAAGAACAUCUUCAGAGACAGAAUAGUAGUAAUGGUAGAAUAAGCCCACCUGCACCUUCUGUCAGUACUGAGUCUUUACCAGUUCAGGGCACAGAUGGCAGUGUCCCAGAAACUCAGUUGGCGUCAGACUCUACAUCUGUGAACAAAGCAAUACCUGAAACAGAAGACCUGCAAGCUUCAGGAUCAGAAACCGCACAGCAGCCAUCUGAAGAGCAAAGCAAGUCUCCUGAAAAACCAAAACAAAAAAAGAAUCGCCGUUUCAUGUGCAGGAAGAAAGUGGGACUUACUGGGUUUGAAUGCCGGUGUGGAAAUGUUUACUGUGGUGUACACCUUUACUCAGAUGUACACAAGUGCUCUUACAAUUACAAAGCUGAUGCUGCUGAGAAAAUUAGAAAAGAAAAUCCAGUAGUUGUUGGUGAAAAGAUCCGGAAGAUUUGA